AUGUUGAACAAUCAAAGAGCCAUUGCCAGUACGAGCUGGAACGAUGAAGAAGAUAAUGAUCAAGACGAACAUAUUAGAGAAAUCCAUGCACUAACCCCAUCUCGUCUACAGCCUCCACCUCCUCGGAGAGAGAUUUCUUGGGAAACAAGUAGCCACAGAUCAUCAAAUCUGUCCGUGACCAGCAGUACUGAAAUUGAAAAUUUCACCACCAUAAGUAGAGAAUUCAAUGCUUUAGUUCUUGCCGGAUCCUCCAUCAGGAACAGCAAUAGCCAGCCGGAAAACGACGUUCCCGUGGCGGCGAAUAGUGUUAGCAAUUUGGGGAGGAUCCGUGAGGAGGAAGUGCCAGAGGAAACGAACCCUUUGGCUAUUGUGCCCGAUAAUAAUCCUCUGGACAUUCCUGUCCCAGUCCAAUCGCCCCAAGGUAAUCAAAGGGAAUUGUCUGUGCAAAGUGUGAAGAAAGAAGAGGUAGAAUCGAAGAUUAACGCAUGGCAGAAUGCAAAGAUUGCGAAGAUUAAUAAUAGGUUUAAGAGAGAGGAUGCUGUGAUCACUGGUUUGGAGAGUGAGGAAGUGCAGAAGGCUACUUCUUGGAUGAAGAAAAUUGAGAGGAAGCUGGCGGAGAAAAGAGCAAAAGCCCUUGAGAAAAUGCAAAAUGAUAUAGCCAAAGCACACAGAAAAGCAGAAGAAAAAAGGGCAUCAGCAGAGGCUAAAAGAGGAACAAAAGUGGCCAGGGUUCUUGAAAUUGCCAGCUUGAUGAGGGCAGUAGGACGACCUCCGAUUAAGCGUUCCUUCUUCUAA